AUGACCAAAAUGAGGUCCAGCCGCCAUCUUGCAUUAGCGGUCGUUGCGUGCCUUGCCUGGCAAUCGUGGCUGGGGCUUCCUGGUGACACAGCAUGGGCAUCGCAGGCUUCCCAGACAGCAGGAAAAGGCAGGAAGGGCGUGGGGACAGAGCGUUGGACGCUUGCAAAAUUGGAACAGGUGUCCCUGAAUGAUGGGCCCUCGAGCACUUUGGAGCUUCAUGGAGUUGCAGUGCUGCCGGAGCUUUUCGACUCAGCGCAGUUGACCGCGCUUCUCGAGGCAUUUCGAGCUUUUCGUAGCAGCAAUCAGGCUGCAGAUUUCAAGUUUGGCGACCUGCGAGCUGAUCGGCAAGCUGUGCACCUGCCUUUACAACCACCCUUUGAUGGCUUGCCUCUUCUCGGUAAGGACGACGCUUUGCUGCCCCUUUUGUCCGGACGUUUGGGGCAAGACUUUGUGCUUGAGAGUGCCAUGGUCAUCACGGUCGCGGGAGGCACAGGAGCCAUGAAUGCCCACACCGACACCGAGGAUGAAGGUAGCCUUUCCGUUCACAUCCCCUUGCAGCCUCUGGAGGAUGGCUUUGCUCCUCUGUCUUUCUGCCCAGGAACGCACUUUGACGUGGGCUUGCUUGACCGCGCCGGGGCGGAGGUCCGCCGCUGGCGCUGCAUCGGCGAAUCGCAGCUGGCGGCACAUCAGAGGAUCGCGGCGGGUGGGCGGGUGGAGAGGCAAUCUCUCCUCCUUUUCUGGGACGGCCAGGGAGCGGUACUUCUUCAAGAAGUCGAUCUUCAGAUCGGAAGAACAUGCGCUAGAGUUCGAGGCUUUCAUGGGUCGGUCACCUGCGGGCUGCAGGUGCGGGAUGAGAUCACCCACGUCAACGACUUGAGUUUCACGGCUUGGCUUCGAGUGCAAUCCGACAUCGAAGAGAUGCAGUCGAAGCUGAUGUUGCGUGUACUGAGACCUCCCGAUGUUGACACGCUCGCCCCGCCUCCCAACCUACUCGUUGGGGCACCACUUGGGGUCGGCGACGCAAUCAUCUACGACUCCCGGACAGCUCACUGGGGCAUGGCAAACAAGCAGCCGAACGCGCGGCAUGUUCUGUACCUGAACUUCCUGAGCUCUAGCUUCCAGGGAUAUUCACCGGAUAAAGACGCCAUCGAAAGUGCGUCUCCCCGCUGCUUGGAAGCAAGGGCAGCCUUUCGCGCACGCCUGCAAGAUGCGAAGGCUGAAGCAAACCGAGAAGAUCGCCUUCUUCGACUCCUCUGA